AUGAUUGCUCAGCAUGACAGCGGUUAUUACAGAGUGUACGAGUCCACCGAUUUAGGGGAUACAUGGAAAGAGUCUACCAGUACACUCUCUCGUGUGUGGGUCAACUCCCUUAUACAACCUGGCCGUGGAACUCAAAACAACUUUAUUACGGCAACAAUUGAUAAUAAGAGUGUCAUUCUUUUUACACAGUCUCUGGUAUAUGGGGCACAGAACGUGUUCUAUCUGUGGCUCACUGAUAACACACACAUUUAUUAUGUUGGCUUCAUAGCUACAGAUUAUAAUGCGACAACCAGCACACUAUUGCUCAAGGAUGGUAAACUGUCCUUUCGGUAUGAGACUGGUCAAGAGGAAGGUUACGGGGUUCUUUUUGUGGAUCUGACGACAGCGAUGGAGAGCAUCAAAGGUGCAGUAAAAAAAAUGGACUGA